AAGCGACUUUGCUGUGAGGUGCACGACUGUUCUACGCAUGUGCAGGCAGGAGCCUUGUGGAGUAUGAAAAGAGAGGUAAACAGCUAACAGCUAACGUGUUUAAACGAAUCAGAAAUGGAUACGCAGAAAGAUCUACAGCCGCCCAAGCAGCAGCCUAUGAUCUACAUAUGUGGAGAAUGUCACACCGAGAACGAAAUCAAAGCCCGCGAUCCGAUCAGAUGCAGAGAGUGUGGCUACAGGAUCAUGUACAAGAAGAGAACAAAGAGAUUGGUUGUAUUCGAUGCCCGAUGAAGAAGAGGAGAGGAGCAGUUUUGACUCUGUUUACUGUUUGUAGUGUGGGAUCGUGUAAAUAAAUAGACCUGGCUUCAGAUUUGUGAACUACUCAUUUUAUUCUCGGUCUAAACAAUACAUUUGCUUGUCAAAAAUGUAUGAAAGUUUGUUUUGGUUUAUUAAAUAAUAACUAUUUUAA